ACACUUCUGCUGUACAAGCUCGCUGGGAAGAGUGGGAUUCAGUGUAAAUUCUGCAAGCACGCGCGCAAAGUGAUUACCGCUAAGCUCCAAGAAGUGAAGAUGGUCGCUUGGAGCAUGUGAAGCUCCUAAGAAAUCAUAUAUCAUUACAAGGAAACACUAUAUCAAUUAACAUUAUAGAGUGACAGCGAGGUGGGCCUAUCUACUUACCUGCCCAGCGUGUGGCUUGGAUUUGUACACAUCUAUACUGGGAUCUUAUUCUUUGACUAGUUGGAAUACAUCGCUGUGUUGGUUAAUGAGGGAGAUUCCUUGAGAGGCUAGACUCCAAAUUGGUGGACUCAAACUAAGAAUACUCGGAUCUUAAUUUAUUCUCUUGAUUCGCGAAUAAGCGGAUUGCAAGGUAAUUGGACCGUCGUUUUAUCCAAAGUUUAACGCCUUGACUAGGCGGAAGGAAUAACCAUGGAGAAAGUACGUUGCUGUUUCUCGUGUUUCUUACUCCUCACGGCGAGUCUACUGCCUACAAUAAUUGCACAAUCUUCUUCACAAUCAUCGUACGUGGAAUUCAAUGUUCUCCAGGAUGUUGGUAUCUCGGCUGCAUCACCGGGUGUAGACCUUGUGAGAGGAGAGGAAGAGAACUCGGUAGCAUAUAAGAUCAAACCAAGCAAGGGUGACAUCGCAGCGAAUACUGUGGAGGUGCAACGUCUUGGGGAGGCUAUGAGUGAUGACGGUGGCUUCGUCCUCGUCGCCAAAGUCAAGAUGGGACAGAAAGCCCGUGGUACCGUUGUGUCCAUCGAUAACCAUGCUCACACGAACCGACUCUUCGGUUUGGUGAUCGACCGCAAGGGUGAUAAGGUCGUCAUGCCAUAUUCGUAUACAAGGGAUGGUGUCACUUCUGAGGAUUCCUUAGAGUUUUCAGGCCUUAACCUCGUUGAAACGGAGGAAAGGGAUUGGCAUACCUUCACGUUGGAUGUGCAAGGAAACUUUGCUAUCCUCUAUGCAGAUUGUACAAGGAUUGGUAUACAGAUCAUGUAUGGAAGCUUCGUCCAUGACGUCACACCGGAUCAGUAUUCCCUCAGGCUUGGAAAGGGACUCAAGGGACGAAAAGACGUACCCGACUUUAAGGUAAGUAGGCCGAUAUGCAACAUUUCACUGAAAUGAAAAGGCGUUUGUUACGACAGUACAGGCGAUGGGCGUAACUUAACUGUGUACGGAUGUUAAUGCGAUUUGUCAUGGUUACUUGGAAGACAUGUUAUGUUUCCCAAAUAUACUUUAAUUUUGAGGGGCAUUUAAAAAAACCAAGCUUCGGGCUUAGAAGCUGUGCAUGCUGUGGAAGCCUUUUAGGUUUUUCAGGGGAUUUUCUUUAAACGUGUGCUAUUCUAAUACCACUCCUAAUACCAACACAAUAAACUAGUUUUAUUGGUAUCACAGCAUUGUAUACACGUAAUACGCAAUAUUGUUCAUUCAGGUAUUUUGACUUGAAAUAGGGUAGGACAGGUUCCCUUUCAAUUCUAAAUCAGAAGUCGCUGAUUUAUGAGAUCCUUUUGCGACUGUCUUCAGAUAAACAUACAAUGCACUCCGCAUCGAUUCAGAACAAAACUGUGCAGUGUCACGAUUCUUGGGAAAUCAUUCAUAGUUCGGACUGAGGUAUUAAAAAGUAUACAUGUAUAUAUGCAUGUACGGUAUCUUGAGUCAGUAUUUAUUCUCUAAUCUUGAUAUCAAAUAACUUUUAUUCAGUAAAAUGAAUAUGAUUUAUCUUCGAGGACACUUACAGAUUAUUAAGGUUGGAGAAAACAUUCGUAAGAACUCGGAGGUUGUAUUCAUUACCCCUUCUAGCUUCCUGAUAAGUGAUUGCAUCAACACGAUACACUAACGAUACAAUCUACAUGUAGACACCCCGGUGUGCGAAACCAGGAGAUUAAAUUUCGACCUGUCCAGUAAUGUUAACAACGUGAUGAAAUGAUAUACACUCUUUUCAAUACAUGGGACUGUAUACAGGUAUAUUGACCUACUAAAGCUACACUAUCAUGGCUAUCGCGGAGGACUUAAAUCUUCAAAGAGUUGCGUGCGUGAUUAUCAUCUUGAUAUUUCAAUAGCUAAAUAUUUUUUUCGCUAUUUAAGAUAUAGUGCACAACUUUAAGUGGAAGCUAAUUGUUCUGUAUUAUACGUUCAAGAUUAUAUUUCUAUCGAUACGUCUGAUAUCUAGAAUAAUUGUCGCGUUGAACAAACGCAAUUUAAUUUGUUCUGAUAUGGAAAUGAGAUAAUCAAAGCUAAUCAAAGGAAAGAACUAGGCUAAACGUUUGGCUGAGCCUGCUCUAUAACUCCACACCUGUGAAAAAUUAUAAUGAAAAUAAACGAUGCUAUGUUAAAAGCCAGACCUUUGUCGGUGCCAAAGGAAAUAUAAAUCUACAAAGGGGUUACAUAAAAUAAUAACAAUACAUGUAAGCAGAAAAGUAAAAACUCUGACAAACCAGGCUUUCGUUUUGCUGAUAAAAUAUAGAGAUAUUAGAAUGUCGUUGCCUAAUUUGUUAAUAAGCCUUUUGAUUUGUCAAAAGUGCAGUUCAUUUGCUAUUUGGAUGUCUCACUCACCAAUAAGGAGUUUCCCCUCCAGCAAGUUAUAAUUAACAAAAUAAUAAUGUACGCACGUUCCUCGCUUUUAGAGCCAUGCAUAUUGAAAUGAAAGCAUGUUGCACGGCGAUCUAUCUUUGAUAACAUUUCUUUACACUGUGAACUUUCUUGGAUGGUAGUAAUUUUUAGUUUACUUUUUUUUUCGAAUCGACUCGAACGUGUUAUUUUAUCAGAUUGAAACAAGGUGAUUUUAAAAAAGUCAUUGUCGUUUCGUCAUUUGGGCUUGUAUCUAUCAUUUUGAUAUGCAUUGACGGUUAAAAUUGUUUUCAUUUCAAAUCAGCCAAUUAAUCAUGUUUGAGGUGGUAUAUGUCACCUUAAAUCAAACAUAGGCCUACUAUUCUAUAGAACAGUUGCAGUAUCCUAACCAUUGCUACAAGGUUGUCUGUUUCUCAUCCAGAUAUCAUCAAAUAUGUGUGAUGACGACAUAAACCUUGGAUGUUACCAUUAAACGAACAUACAGUUCGGAAUAAAGCACGUACAUCUAUUAUCUACGAAUAUCACGCCAACUUUAUCACCCCAGUGGAGUUUCGUCAAAAUAUCAGUUACUGUGUUGCUUUAUCGCAUAUCGUAUAUAAGCAAUGGCGAACAAAACAACGGUUUAAUCUUACAAAUUAUAUUCUAAUUUUGUGGGUUUAUAAAGUUAUUAAAAAUCUUUAUAUAUUUUCAAAAUGUAUCCAUGAACAAGGCACAACAUUUCAGUAAAGAUAUGCAAUUUUUAAGCAUCAGUACAAUACAGUGUACUUCAUAACUGUUAGUUCGAAAGUUGAGUAAAUGAUAUAAUUGUCUCGACAUUCUAACUUUUUGUUAGAAAAGACACGCACCAAAGAAAUUGAAGUCUGUAGAGAGGAAAACUAACCUUUCUUUUUAACGCGUUCGUUGAAGCCGCAUGUUUCAGAAAAGACGGGAAUGCAGGAAUGUUAAUCUGUUCACCCUCCUUGAAACUUUAUUUAUUCUUUACUAAUACUACUGUAUACCUACUGGGUCAUAAAGAUCAUUCAUUAGUCUAACUUCAAAAUGAAUAAAAGUCAUUAUCUUUAAGGAAUGUUAAAAUCUUCUUAAAUCUGCGAAAGUCUAUGAUUAUAGUUGUGUAAACUUAAUUGCUCUUUGAAGCCCCGUUUGAAGCUUCACUCCCGAUCGCAAACCUUUUCCCGUGCGUAGGGCCUAUACUCAAAGCAUGAAGAUUCUUAAUCAUGUUAAACAAAUAGUAACAUCUACAGAAUAGCAUGUUUCUGUUCACAAAUAGGAUAAUUAAAGACAUGGUAGACAUACUGAUUUAUCAUAAUGAAUAUUAUUAGAGAGGAAAGGUGAUGUAUUUUUCGCCUCCUCUAAAGUUAUCGGAACGGGAAUGUGCAGUCAUUAGAUUGUCAAUAAAACGAAAGCAAGAGAUCUUCUUUUUAGUAAACGGAUAUGGCUUACAAAACUAUCUGUUCAAUUGGAUACAAAAACGAGUUGAAAUAUCGGCUUAUACAUGUAUAUCAAUCAAUAAUCAUUCAGAGAAGAAAUCUCUAUAAAAUUAGUCAAUAUUUGAAUAGAAAUAUAUUCUGUGGUGGACUGGAAAGAAGUUUAUCAUAUUUUCUUUUCUACAGACACAAAUAAUUGAUAAACAGAUACAUUGGUCUUAUUUUGGCCCGUAUCAUCUGUGCAUUAAUGCGUGUAACUCGCUACAUGCACUAAGCAUAACAUUGGGUCAGAUGCAUACAAAUAAUCAAUUGCUUUUGCAAGGCUUUUGCUUGAUUCCGUAUGCAUAAAUAUGAGCAAGAAAAUGCGUAUGAUAGUAAGUUCAAGCAAUCUCUAGUUAGCAUUUCCUUGACGGUUAUAUUGCUAAAAAGCGUAUGCAUGAAGUGAGCAUUUCGCUUGUGCGUUUAAAGGGGAAUCCAGCCUUGGCCAUAAAAUGUUGCGUUGGGAAGUAGAAAAAUAAAUUAAACAGAAUGGUAAAAGUUUGAAAGAAAUCGGACAAGCAAUAAGAAAGUUAUAGCUGCUUUAAAAUUGAGAUCACUAAUACUAUGUAGAUUUCAAAUUGGCAACUGGGUAAGUAAAUUAUGACAAGGGGCAAGGACAACUUUCCUAUAGGCCAUGUACUUUAUUAUCAGGGAUUUGUGGUUUUCUCCUAAGUACCCAUUCCCCUGGGGCAGUAAUCUAAAUAUAACCCAGGAAGUAUAUUGUUUUAUGUCCUCAUGAAAGAAAAAUUUAAUUUGAAAUGAAACUUUUGGGAAAAAUUACAUUUUAGCCAUAAUAUGUAUUGGAGUACAUGGAAGAGUAGUCCUUGCCUUACAUCACUAUGACAUCCCAUAUGCGGCCAAUUUGAAGUCUCCAUGGGUAUAGUGAUUACCAAUAUUUACAACUUUUAAAAAUUCAUUACUUUCUUGUUGUUUGUCCAAUAUUGUUGAAACUUUCACCUAUUAACUUGUCUGAUUUUUCUUUUCCUUAUAAAGACAAGUUUUUAUUUGGGUUGGAUUCCCCUUUAAGCACUUGCCUGGGGUUUUUCAAGCUCCGUCAGAGCAGCUUGAGCGUUUGCUUGAUCAGGACGUUUGCGUUUUCUUCCUAAUAAGUGCAAACCAAAUGCCAAAUGCAUCUGACCCAUUGGCAUUUCAUAAUGUUUUCAACGAAGUGGGUAUAUAGUUAAAUAGUUUGAACUGUUGAAUGCGGAAUAGUCGGACUUUAAUAUUGUCUAUUCUAAAUGAUUUAGAUAAGGUGGUUUCAAACCGCCUCGAUCACAAGAAUCCCCGUUAAAUUACGAGAACUUUUUUAGGCUGAAAAAUACCCAUUAAUUAUUCCUGCAUUCACACCACCCUGAAACAUACCCUUGUUGACCAGCUGUUAAAAGAUGUUCAUUAUUAUUGGUUAAAAAGGGAAGUAUAAAAUUGUUGGGCAAGAGAACAUUAGAUGUUUAAAAUAUUGCGAAAUGUUAGUUGAACAUUUUCCAAAGAAAUAAUGGCCCAAAAUGUUUUUCCACAACAAAAUGUGCAUGAUCCAUUUUACGCAACAGAUUGAGCAAAAUCUUCUCAAUACACGGGAUUAUAAAAACAAAUGAUACGCACACUGGUGUCCGUGAACUUUGGGGCACCCCUAAAAAGGUUCCACAACCUAAAUGAAAAAAAGGAAAGGGAAAAUGUUAAACUGGGUAAUGAUUUUCUGGAUAUAUGUAAAUAUCUGUCACAAAAUUAGCUUUUUCGUUUUAAAUGACCACUUUUAUCUUGCUCGUUUCGCUCCCUUGCGAUUUUUAAAGACAAUUUUCACGUAGGCCAUACUCUGUGCUCCCUCUAUUUUGCAACCCAUUUUUACUUCUUUUGUAUAACGUCAGUCAUCGUAAAAAAUGAUAAUAAAUCAAUGUAUAUACCUGACCAUAUAAUUCAUUCCGUUCGAGCACUUUUGUGAUCAUCAUCGUUUAUAUUCAUAUACGAAUUGUUUAAUUUGACCAUCAAUAAGAUGACUUGAGUCAUUUUUAGUCGGUGUUUUCCCUUGCAGGGAGUGAUAAAAAAGGGUCAUGGUCUAAGUUUGUAAAGAUUCUUUAGUCGGAAAUUAUACGUCAGUGACAUUGUAAUUCAAACUCUUCCUCUAUUUUACGC